AACACAACAAACCGCCCGAACAAGCGUACCCCAGCUGGUCGGGCACCCGUCACGUGCACCCACCACAGCACAGCGGCUCUCGAAAGCACUCACAGAUGAGGGAAGAAUGUCUCAAUCCUCUUGAGGAAGGCCCUAAACCGCCGCACAAACUCCUCGUUGUACUGCUCCUCAACACUGAAUCGCUUCUGCCCGCCGGGCUGUUCCUCAGCCCUGCUCUGAAUCACUCCCACCUGCAUACCAUGCAGACAGGCGCAUCGGAUCGUGCGCAUCAAUCGGCGUAUCCAUCCAUCCAACCAUCCCUUACUUACCUCAUGUAUGUCGAGCAGGUGCUGCAGUUUCUUGUGCUGCCGGAGCGGCCCCAACACAGACGAUGAGCUGCGCUGCGUCAUUAUGCCCGAUCUCGUGCGGCCCCUGUCGAUGUCCCGCAGCGUGGGCAGCCGCGCCAUGCCCCUCCCCUGCUGCUGUCGGUCGCCAUCUGCCGCAAGAGACACGGCUUUUUUUUCGCCGCCCACCUGGAAUGAGGACUGCUGUCUUGACGGCUGCCGGAGGAUGGACUUAGGCCGGGGCUCCUCCUCACGGGCCAUGUCGUCUAUGGCAUCUCCAGUGAUGACGCAACCUCGCCUGCCGCGGGCUGCCUGUAGAGGGGGAGACAGAUGGAUGGGGGAAUGUGUGAAUGGGAUCUUACGUGCUUUAGUGCCACGUCGGGAGUCUCGGUGAGGAAGGCACUGAGGGCACACAACAGAAAGGGCAUCCAUAAUCGGGGAAACGACACACUCACGGUUUUCGAAACUUUGGGCUCCAGUCCUUGGGCGACUCGUCGACCUCGAGGGACUCAUAUGUGUAUCCCCCACCCAGCACGGCGGACGACGCACUCGAGCUCAUCGGAACAAGAUCCUUCGCCUCCUCUGUCUCUACACUCACCUCUGUCUCACCAGCAAUGCUCUCGUCUUCCUCCCGGCUUGCCGUCUUCUCCGGCCUCAUGGUUCGAUCCUGCAUCGCCCUCUCCCGGCGUUUCUGUCUCUUAGCUGCCUCAGCCACGGCCAGCUGGUGGCGGAAUCUUCGUUUGGUGACUUUGGUGUGGUGGUUGGAGGAAAUGGUGUAGGCCUGCGAGAGGUCGACGCGCAUCCGCUCCAGGAGCGCCAUGCGUCCGAGGGCCUCACAGAACUCGUCGAAUGUGAGGUCAGUCAUGCCGUCGAGGUGCUGGCUGUCCUCUGGCUGCCGCUUGCACAGACCGAAGACUGACAUGGCGUCCUUGGCGGUGAAUCCCUGAACAGGCGGACAGGCGGACAGGCGGACAGAUGGAUGGGUGCGAUGGUAGGGGAAUGGAAGGGCGUCAAGUCAAUAGGGUGUGGCUGUUGGUGUUACAAUGUUACUUACUGUGUCGAAUAUCUUGAGCAUCUGGGUCAGGUCCACAAGAUGAGACAUGCUGUCGCCAUAGCUGCAUUCAUCACCGUCAUAUGCACACAGCGACAACUGAAGGCAAAUGGGCCCAUUGCUCACUUGGUGUAUAGCUUCUUGAGCCUCUUUCGAUGAUCCAGGAUGGCAAUCUUGACCUGAGCAACAACAAAAAUGUUCGCAGCUUCUCAGCCCUGCCUGCCGGAAUUCCCUCGCUGCGCUGACCGACCUGCGGGAGUCUCAUAGGGUGUCUUGGAAAAGGCGAGAAUGGAAACACCAGCAGUCUUGGGAACACACACCCAUUCAUCAGCUGGUGGAAGGCCGCCGACACAGGUACAUCCUCAUACACCUUGACACUCAGUCGAAUCAGCAGCUCCAUCAGGUGAUGCCGACACAGAGGCGCCAAUGUCUCGGAAGUGGACGUCAGCGGCAGCAACGUCCCGCCGCGCAUUGUGUCAUUAGGCGGCACCUUCAGCGUCUGAAAGAUCAGCUGCUGCAGGUCGGCCAAGGACAGCUCGGGGAGCAUCUCAACCUCCGCCGGGGGAUCUCGGUCAGCCGAUCCAAGGACCCCGCCCUGCCGCCUGUGCAGCCGGAGGACGUUCAGCAGCGAUGGGUCUCGGGGGAAGCACCCCAGCAGGUGGAAGAGGUCGUAUAGGUCGAGUUGUGCCAGUAGCGGCCACGCUGUGCUGCGGCCGGCGAUGAUGGCCCACACUUCCAGCAAAGCAGCGUAACAAGACUUGAGCUCCUGCCAAAGGUGAUCAUUGAGGGCAGAGACACGAGGACGAGAAGUGAGUAAGUGGAGUGCACCAUACUGGAGAUCUCACCUCCAUGAGGUCCGCUUCGUCGUCGGCCCCACAAAGCAAGAGGAAGUCGAUCUUUGAUGUAUCAGACUCAAACCGACGAUGCAGCUGCAAUGAAUGAACAGGGAGGGACAUAUCAACAACAUACAUCCAAGACGGCCCCUCCCUCCCCCCACCUGGUCUCUCUUGUCUCACUCACCUCUUGUUCUUCCUUCUGCUCGGCCUGCCUGGCCAGGUCUUUCUCCACGGCCUUGUCGGUCGUCUCCCUCUCCUCCCUACCCAUCAGCUGCGCACGCUCCUUGGCCUUGGACAGCAGCACACGGCACUCACGCGACAGCUUCUGGAAGUCCGACACGAUGUGACUGGGGAUGCUCACGAGCGGCUCCACCGUCACGUCAUUCAUACCGGGGAGAAACUCCCGCCUGAUCGACCCGCCGUGAGCUUCUGUGUCGAAUACUCUGACGAGAGAGGGGAAUGCCAUCUCGGGCGGCGACUCGUAUGCCUGGCCCUUUCUUUCCCACACAAGAAGGGCUCUCCUGCCCAUACUCAUUUUCUGCCUCCGCCUGUUCGGGUCUGGCGUGCCGUGUCUCUCCAGCAAGAAGUCGGCUUCGCCGUAUGCACACUCAGGGAAGGGCAACUCCGGCAGGUCCUUGGCGAGAUGGAAACGACCGUCAAGCUCGAAGAAGUAAUAGUGGGUGCCGGGAGGGAGGAGCAGCUCACGAUAAUAGUGGACCUGAUGACACAGACCGAUGUCGGUCUGGCGUCUCUCUCACCUUGCUAGUGUGUGUACUGUGUGUGCACGUGUAUGCCAACCUCAAGGACAGAGAUGGCUUGUCUUCUCAGCUCGAUAGGGGCAUAGUUGAGGUCGCUGAGUCUGAGCAUGACCUUGUCCCCCUGCGGCAGGGGCCCUGACUGGGGAUGCUUCCACACAAACCGAUGGAGACUGCAUCGCUCGCACACCCAACAGCGGCCCUGGGAUGACAGACAGACAUGCACCACACACCGGUCUGCUGGGGCCGCCCAGUAACAUGCAUGUCCGUAAGGAAUAUUGUCACCGACCUUCAGAAUGGCGUCUUGUGGCGUCCAGGAGGCAUCAGCCUCCUUCUCUUCCACCCCUGCUGCAGAGGAUGAGCCUGAGCUGGAUGUCGACACGGCCGCUUCAGUCCUCGCAAGCCGCCACUUGGCGUAUCCUGCCCUACAGAUAACACAAAACACACAACACUUCCUUGAGGCAACCUCCUUCGUGUCGUCGUCACAUACCAGGGAGAUGGUAUGCCUUCCACAGGAUCAUUUCCUCAUGGUCUCCCUCCUGCGCGGCCUCUUCAGCCAUCCCGGUGCGAGAGCUGUGGACGGAACCCUCCACCCAUGGCGGGGCGCUGCUUGUGAUCAGGCCUAGCCGGGUGAGCAAGGCGUGUCUGAACCCCUGAUGCUGCUUGGUUUUGAGAAGGUGGAUGGCCGACAGCGCGCUGUUGCCUCGCAUGGCCUCCAGAAGAAAGUCAAGCGUCUGCACCUCCUCAGGUGACUUCGAUUGCCCUGCCUUUGUCGAGUCGGCGGCCUCGGGCGGACAUAUAAAAGCGCCAGCGUUCUCGGCAGCGUCCAGAUGCGUCAGCUUCUGGUGUCUCGCCACGGCCUGCCAUAGCAUGUUCCACAUCCUCACGUCGGAACAGUUCUGCCCCCUAACCCUGAGAUCACGCAACCCGCGGUUGCAGAGCAGGCCCUCAGAUACACCCUUAAUCGCCCGAGCGUCUCCCCAGCAGUGGCUGAUAUUCAGCAGCUCCAGAGUGUUGUUGUGGCACAGCAGGUAGCGCACCCACGGCCACGAUGUAUCAGCUAAGGCGUUGCCAGAUAUGUCCAGCCUCUGGAGCCCCGCCGCUGUGGCGAUCUGGUGUAAGAGCGGGGCCACCAAAGCCACUAUGCCGGUAAAGACGGAUGGGGCAGUAGAGGACCGCUGGCUGACCGCCUCGCUUUCAGUGAUAGUGUCGAGGGUGCCAGCGUGUCUUUGCAUCGAGGCACUGCUGUCAGGUGAAGGAUCCUUGAACCCUACCUUGCCCUUGGUCAAUCGUGGCGCCGCGUCCAGGCCAUCGGGCGGCUCCAGGUCAGCGAGAUUAAUGGUCGUUGAGGACAGAGGCGAUGGAUGUGUCAGUGUCUGUGCACCUCCAUGGUCUUGUGGGGUCUCCCUUUUGUCUUUGGGGUGUUGUGGGGUUUCGAGCAGAGAGAGGAGGGAGGGGAUGGAAGGAAGGGCGGGUUCUUGGGGAGGCCGCUGGUACUUGGGGGAACUGAACAAAACCGAUGACGAUAUCUGGGCUGCAACAGACAGAUCCACUCAACCCAACGAUCAGCAAACAUGUGUCCGCGACCACCCACCUUUCCUGAGUUCCCCGCCCAGCCCGCAGUUGCGGAGAGCGAUGUGUCUCAAUGUCUUCAGCCGUCUCAGUGCGUCCGUCACAGCCUCCACCGUCCUCAUCCCCACGUAGCUUCCCUCAAUCUCCAGCGUCUCCAGCCGCUGACCCUCCACUGCUGACGCCACAAUCUUGGCCAAGCCGUCAUCCGGCAGCCAGUUGCCCACUAGCUCAACCACUCGAGGACGGAGGCCACUUGAGGGAUGGACGGUCUUUGCCAAUGCAGCGCACUGCGUCGUAUCCCCGGGAAGUGGGCCGCCCUCCAGACGAAAGUGCUCAGCGAAAUGUGGCGGCGGAUAGAGAGGCACAACUCGCAGAGUCUGACACAUCGGCAGAUACACUUCGUCGUACAGAGCCAUUGGGUCCCUUGCUGCCGUCUCUUCCUCUGCCGUCUUGGUUUCAGGAGGCUCCUCUCUCCGCUCGAACGUGCCGACGAGCUCUUCAGAAACAAUGCGGAAAGCAGAGUCUUCCGCCAUCAGCCUGUCAAGCUCUUCUUCAAGAGACACGGCCUUGCCAAGGGCAGGGACCGAAAUGCCCUCCAAUGAGAAGAUCUCGGUGACACUCCGACGAUGCAUGAGGGUCUCGAGGAAUGCGGCCGUGGGGGAGUCACCAGAUGGCGUAAAGUGCACGGCGGCCGCCUCUUCUCUGUCGCCAAUGACGACAUUUGCAUCGUCAUGCGCCAUGAGUUGCAGGACGGUCAUGAGCUGGCCUAUAAGGCCCUGGUGUUCCGCCUCUGCCUCGCCGACCGUCGCACUGCUGCUGCUGCUCGACAUGACACUGCGGCUGCGCACGCUGACACUCCCCCUGGACACGGGGGAGCCCUCCGACUCGUUGCCUGUCCAUCUUCUAUGCGCAGAUGGGAACCUGGAGGACCGCCUCUUUUUGUCCUUGCCCUUCUUGUCCGCAUACACGAGGUCCAGCAAGGCCUCCAUCGAUGGCAGGGUCACCCCCGUCGCGCUCUGCUUCACAUAAGAUGGGUUUAGUCGCGCCAGCUCGGCGGCCGACGUCUUGGUGCGGUAGUUCUUGAGCACAUCAGCCAUCUUCUUGAGCACCUCAGCCUUCAAGGCCGACGUCUGGAUGACGUCAUGAUUCUGGCGUUUGGCUUUGGCUGCUGCCGGUGACACUUGCGUGGAUGUGCUGUCGAGGCGCCUCGCUGGGACGGCGGAGGAGGCCUUGAGGGGAAUGAACAGCGCCAUCAUCCCAGGGAACUUCAACUUUGACGCUGCCGCUGUCAAGACUGG